UAGACGGUCCACUCAAAAUAUCCGGCAAGGUUUGGUAACAGGGCAAGACUAACAUGUCCCAUUCUGUUUCUUAGCGUCAGUUGCCUUUGAGACGGCUACUGGAACGCAUUAUAACGCACCUUCGCGAAUGUUAUUUACGAUAAUUGAAAUCACCACGUAGAAAAAUUUUAUAUUAGUUUUAAGAAUCUUAUUUUUUUUUAAAUCAGGUAAGUUUAACCGAUUUUUGUUGGAUUAUUGUUUAGAUACCAUAUACAAGGUGUACUAGAGAGCACCAACCGUAGCUCUAAUCAGCAUAUUUUAGAAGCUAGACACUGGUCUCCGGCCACUUAAGUGGAGGAGAGUUGACCCAGCCUAUUUUGUUUUAGGAUUAUGCCCAAUAAAUAUAUCCGAAAACAAAACGCACCUAAAAGAGGUUCUUGGACGGCUAGAGCAUUAGGUGAUGCAGUUGAUGCUGUGAGGAAUGGCGGUAUGGGCUUUAGCAAACCCGCGAAAGCAUUUGGGAUCCCAAAAACAACUUUUAAGCGCAGACUAAAAACAAAUAACAUCGAUAGCUGUAAUCAUCUGGGGCCAAAUUGUUCUUUGGGCUCGAACGUCGAAACAAAAAUAGUUAGUCACAUAAAAAAACUGCAAAAGGCAGGCUUUGCACUCACCAGAACAGAAGUAAGAAUCAUGGCGUUUAAUUUAGCUGAACGAUUGGGGAUUCCAAAUAAAUUUAAUAAAAAAGAAGGUAGAGCUUGUAAAAAAUGGUUAGAACUGUUUUUAAGCGAAGACCUGAAAUUUCAAUCAGAAAAUCCGAGAACACCUCAAUUGCGCGAGCUUUGGGAAUGUCAAGAGAAACCGUUAAUAUUUACUUUUUGGAUAUACAGAGAAUUAUGACUGAACACAAUUUUUAUGAUAAACCCGGGCAUAUAUUCAAUACAGACGAAACAGGAUUACAGCUGAACACUAGAGCUGGUCAGGUACUAGCCGAACAAGGAUCAAAAUGUGUUCCAAGCCUAAGCCCUGGGAAAAAAGGUGAGACAAUUAGUGUUAUGGCAUGUUGUAGCGCAGAAGGCACUUUUAUCCCCCCAUAUUAUAUUUUCAAAGGAAAAAAUAAAAAAGAAGACUGGCAUGAAGGUAUGCCACCGGGUUCUACAAUUAGAAUGUCGGAAAAAUCUGCUUACGUUAAUAGCGAGAUUUUUUUAGAAUGGUUACGAACACAUUUUCUACCAAGAAAGCCCUCGGGUAAAACUUUACUAAUAGUAGAUGGCCACACGUCCCAUACGACCAACCUGGACCUACUAGAAUUUGCUGAGCAAAAUGAUAUAAUUUUGUUUUGUUUACCAUCGCAUACAACUCACUACCUGCAGCCUCUUGAUCGCGCCUUCUUUAAAUCUCUUAAAAGCAACUUCUACGCUGAAUGCCGUUUUAUGAUUCAAAAUAACCCAAACAGGGUCCUUAAUCGUCUUCAAUUUGGUAAGCUGUUAGGUCGAGCAUGGGGAAACUCAGCAACUGUUCAAAAUGCGGCCUCUGCAUUUAAAUCCACUGGGAUUUAUCCAUUUGAUCCGUUAAUUAUCCCGGAAUAUGCUUUUUUAACACAGACACCCCUUGAAAGUCCUGAAACAGAAACAUUACAGACGGUCCAGACGGAUACCUUAUCAGUUAGAGCUGAGUCUUCUCAACCAGGCCCCUCCGGAAUUUAAAAUCUAAAUGCCUUACCCAUCAACCCUAACAAGUCAUCAGUACCUGAUAAAGAUAUAACUCCCGGAAAGGCUCUUGAUAAAGUAACGCCUGUACCUGUUUUAUCUGCAGCAGUGAAAAGAGUUCGUAAAAAAAUAUCCGGAGA